CAUACACAAGUAAUGGUACAAUUCCAGAAGAUUUGUGCAGAGCGGCUGUUCAGUUUUGUCAUUACAUUUAUAAACAUCCAGUCGCCAUUUUCAAGCGUUACUAGUGGUUUCGAACAACACACAAAAAAAGCAAUUGCAAAAUUUAUUCCAUUUUCAUACAAUCUAAGUAUACUUAACCAUUCUUUGAGCCGGUUUGCAAUCAAUUCGAUAGCUUGUACAUUUUUCAAAAAGAUUUUUUGAAAUUUGAUCAGUACCAUCGAUAAUAUACUCUGAGCACGAAUUUAUCGCCGAUUUGUAUAGAACAGAUCGAGCAACAAAAAAAGAGAGCCGAAUAGAGUGAGAAAAACAACCGUUUUGUAUUUGUUUGUGUGUGUGUGUGUAUGUGUAUUUGUCAACGUGCGAUAAAAUAACCAACGAUGGGUGAUUUCAAUCAAGAUGCGAUUGCACAAUUAGAAAUGCAAAAUCCAAAUGCAUUGCGCCGACCAUUCGAUCCAACCGCCCAUGAUUUGGAGGCCACAUUUCGAUUGACCCGGUAUGCUGACUUGAAAGGACGUGGCUGCAAAGUGCCGCAAGAUGUUCUUGGUAAACUCGUGUCAUCACUGCAACAAGACUAUUCACAACCGGAUGAUGAGCAUGCUCAAUUCAUGAAUAUGGCCAUGCCACGCAUCGGUAUCGGGCUCGAUUGUUCGGUUACACCAAUUCGUCAUGGUGGUCUAUGUUUGGUACAGACAACCGAUUUUUUCUAUCCAAUCGUCGACGAUCCAUAUAUGAUGGGAAAAAUUGCUUGCGCCAAUGUUUUGAGUGAUUUAUAUGCCAUGGGUGUCAUGGAUUGUGAUAAUAUGAUGAUGCUAUUGGCGGUCAGCACAAAAAUGACCGAAAAAGAACGUGACGUUGUUAUUCCAUUGAUUAUGCGAGGUUUUAAGGAUUCAGCAUUAGAGGCUGGCACAUCGGUGACCGGUGGUCAAAGUGUUGUAAAUCCAUGGUGUACAAUUGGUGGCGUUGCAUCGUCCAUUUGUCAACCAAACGAUUAUAUUGUGCCAGAUAAUGCGGUUGUUGGUGAUGUGCUUGUAUUGACAAAACCAUUGGGCACCCAAGUUGCGGUCAAUGCACAUCAAUGGCUUGAUCAACCGGAACGCUGGAAUCGUAUUAAAUUGGUUGUAUCGGAGGAAGACGUUCGAAAAGCCUAUCAUCGUGCAAUGGACUCGAUGGCACGUUUGAAUCGUACCGCAGCCCGUUUGAUGCACAAAUACAAUGCACACGGUUCCACUGAUAUCACUGGAUUUGGUUUGCUUGGACAUGCACAAACAUUGGCAUCGCAUCAAAAGAACGAGGUUUCAUUUGUCAUUCAUAAUUUGCCGGUCAUCGCUAAAAUGGCUGCGGUUGCCAAAGCAUGCGGUAACAUGUUCCAGUUGCUUCAAGGACAUUCGGCCGAAACAUCCGGUGGAUUAUUGAUUUGUUUACCACGUGAACAAGCCGCUGCAUACUGUAAGGAUAUAGAAAAACAAGAAGGCUACCAAGCUUGGAUCAUUGGAAUCGUUGAAAAAGGCAAUCGCUCCGCUCGAAUCAUCGACAAACCACGAGUCAUCGAAGUUCCAGCUAAAGAAUAAUUUUUUUUUAGUUUAAAAGAGAAAACAAAAUCGUUUUAUAUUUGAGUCAAAUAAUCCAAGUACGUCAAAACUCAACAAAAAGCAAAGUAAUGGCAACACGACCAAAAAUGAGAAAGUGCGACUUUUUCCUAUUUUGAAUUUUUCACAAAUUUAACUUUUUUUAUAUAUCCUACCGAUUUGGUUCAUUUUUUACUUUCUCCAAUAAAAUUGAAAAACCUUCACAGAAGAAUAUGACAAAUCAACACAGUUAUGUAGUAGUUUCGGUAUUUUAAAAAAAAAGCAUAAAAAAAAGAAUUAAGUACUGUCCAUGUUGAAUGAAAAUAAACAAUUCGAAAUUGGAA